AUGCGGCUAUUCUGGCAGCAACCUCCCUGUUCGUCGUUGGCGCGACCGAGACGGAAUACGGAUAUUACGACGGCGUUGAGGACCCGAGUCAGUACCGUCCGGGAGGUUAUCAUCCUGUUCAGAUUGGCGACCGUCUUCACAGGCGACCGUCUUCACAAGCAAUACCGCAUCCUACACAAACUCGGCCACGGCACCUUUGCAACAGUCUGGCUUGCUGUUGAUGAACAAAACUCCAGAUACACCGCCAUCAAACUCGGUACUGCGGAUGCCGACGGGCAAGAGGAAGAAUUCCUGUCCCAACUGACGAAACGUCUCGCUGCCACCGUUUCCAGAUAUGCCGCAACCGGAGCACCUCUGAUCCCUAUAGUUUUCGAUCGCUUCAGCCUACAUGAUGCAGCUUGGCGGACGCAAGAGAAUCAUCCGAUUCGAGAUGAUUCCGGCUUGACGUGGCCCGGUCGCUGGCAGCUCAGCUUGCUCUGGCCGUUUCUGCUGUUCAUUCCCAGGGAUAUGUCCACGGAGCUGCCGUCUUCUCUCAACACGCUCUCUGUCGAGCUGCUGUAUGCUCAGUUUGGGGCCCCGGAGCUCGAGCCUGUCGUGCCCCUCAAAAAGGAGCAAGCCUGUCCAGCAACCAGAGUCCCACCAUACGCCGUACCGCCUGUGUGGCUGGGGAUCGAUGAGAUCACUGCACAACAGGUCCAUCUUCAGGGUCCUUUUCCGUCGGAAUGGUGGGAUCGGUGGGACCAACGUGCCAAGUGGUUCGAUCAGACGGGGAGGCCACUCAGCAACGACUGUGACAUCUGGUCUUGGGACAGGCGAUUCGAACAGUGGAUCCAGGAGCCCAGAGAGUCUUGCGGAAUGGAGGUCGUCACUGAGGAGGAGAAAGGCGCACUGUUCGAGAUGCUGAAGCGCAUGCUGGCAUGGAGGCCCGGCGAACGACCAAGCGCGGAGGAGGUCCUCGGCAUGCCUUGGAUGAGAAAAUGGGGUUUGCCAGCGUACGAGGAGAGUCUGCGUUCUUUGGCCAAGGAUCUCUGA